AUGAGCGGCUACAAGCACGCCAAGGAGCAGUUCGUGUCGGGUUCGGCCGGAGGAUCCAUCCUGACAAUCAACACCGUAUGUGCCACUGCUGUUGUGAGUAGCAUGCUUCACACAUCUACCCGCGAUACGCGGUAAAAGGUUCGGUCUUGCAUCGCUGAACACUCGCGCGCACGGACCUUGCAGACCACCUACGCGCUGUGGACGAUCGUCUCGGCGCGCUUCUCCUCCCGCACCGCAUCAUCCCUCAAGGCCCCCUUUUACGAAUUCCUCGUACUCGUCGUGCCUCUGCUGCUCGCUCUUACCUUGGCAGCGGCCCAUGCGUUCCUCCUCAAUGCGUUCCUCGUGCUCUGCAUCGUAGCCUGCUCGAGCGUGCUGCCGCCAACACCGCUCUCCCCACCCCUAUCGCCGAUGACGUCCAAGCGAUCGACGCCGACACCCGGCGCUCAUUCGUCGACCCAUCUCCCCUCGUUCCAAGUCUUUAACCGACCGUUCGUGACGGUGUACCGAGCCCACAUGAUGCUCAUGACCGUCAUCUGUAUCCUUGCGGUCGACUUUCCUAUUUUCCCAAGGUCCUUUGCCAAGGCCGAGACGUAUGGCACCUCGAUAGUGAGUUCACUUUCUCUCAGUCCAUUACCUUUCUUUCAUGAUGUUUUCUGGCCAAAGUCUAACUCGUACUUUACCUACGAAAAGAUGGAUCUGGGAGUCGGCUCGUUCGUCUUUUCGCUCGGCCUCAUCUCGGCCUUGCCCAUCCUGCGGCAAAAACAAACAGAGUCGAGCGUCCUGCACGAGAUUCUCAAGUCGAUCCAGCACAGUGCCGGAUUGUUGGCCUUGGGCAUGGUCAGAGUCGUCAUGGUCAAAGGCGUGGAUUAUCCGGUACGCUAUCUUGUCAUUUUUGAGGAAACCAGCAAUGAAAUCGGUGCUGACCUCAACUUUUGUCUUCUGAAUAGGAACACGUCACCGAAUACGGCGUGCAUUGGAACUUUUUCUUUACUAUGGCAAUAUUGCCCGUGUUCGGAGCCGGUCUCGAGAGACUAGUACCCAUAAUCGGAUUCACCUUGAUGGCCCUCAUCGUUACCGCUGGUACGCAACACCCUCUCGUCCGGAACCCUUUGAUUUCGGGGUCCUGAAGCUGACUUGACGCGUCGGCGCAUUUUUCCGAUGUAGUGCAUCAACUCAUCCUAAGCCGAACAAGCUUGACGAGCUGGGUUUUGACGGCUGCAAGAGUGUCCCUCGUGUCCCAGAACAAGGAAGGGCUCGUCAGCUUGCCAGGUAAAGUGCUUCGUGUAUACCGCUUCUUGCACGUGCCCUUCGCUCACCCAAACAACUCCCCACAGGCUACCUGGCGAUUUAUUUGCUGGGGCUAGGUACAGGGCUAUAUGUCCUACCCCCGGACCCGUACUUCUACCACGUCAUGACCACGACCGCGGAUUCUCACGCAUCGGAGGGGGUCCAACGCAAGCUGGCAGAGAAGAAGGAAAAGGUCUGGCGCUCGAAACCGGACAAGUUGGCGAGCGUGUUGGGUAGCUAUGCCAUCAUUUGGUCGACGUUGUUUGUGCUUGUGAGGUGGUCGGGGAUCGAGGUUUCAAGAAGGCUGGUACGUCCUAGUCCGGGGGCCACCCGCGACUGAGGGCUGAUAGUGGAUGUCGCAUUGGAUGGGCAUACAGGCCAACCUCCCUUAUGUCCUCUGGGUCGCGGCUUUCAACACGGCCUUCUUGUUCCUCUACCUCUGCGUCCAUCUCUGGGCUUCCAAAUCGCCGACGACGCGAUCCAGCUCAGCGCCUCGCAUUUUUGAAGCCAUAAACAAGAACGGCCUGCUCGUCUUCCUUGUCGUGAGUGCCGUUAGGCGCCGUUUUCAGAUGCCAAUCUGGUUCUGAUCCGUGACUUUGUUAUCCAAUCUUCUCAAGGCCAACUUGUUGACCGGCCUUGUCAACGUCUCGAUCGAGAGCAUGUACACGGGCACCAUGAUCGCGAUGCUCAGCUUGAUCGUGUAUUGCGCCCUCGUUGUAGGCGCCGCUUGGGCACUCAAAGGGAAGAAGUUGAGGAUCUAA